AUGAAGCUGCCACUCCUGGUGCUCACUGUGCAUCUGCUGUGGCUGAGAGGUGGUCCCUGUGCACCUACGUGGAGGGACAAGACCGCUGUCCUUGGGCGCCUGAAGGGUUUUCCUGAGCCUGGCGAUACGGGUGCUGAUGAGGAGGUGAAGAAGGCUUUGAUUGGCAUGAAGCAGAUGAAAAUCGUGAUGGAAAGGAGAGAGGAGGAACAUACUAAUCUAAUGACAACCCUGAAGAAAUGCAGAGAAGAAAAACAGGAGGCCCGGAAACUUAUGAAUGAAGUUCAAGAACAUCUGGAAGAGGAAGAAAGGCUUUGUCAGGAGUCUUUGGCAGAUUCCUGGGACGAGUGCAAAUCUUGCUUGGAAAGUGACUGUGUGAGAUUUCAUACAACCUACCAGCCUAGAUGGUCCUCUGUGGGAAAUAUGGUUGGACUGCUUUUUAGGAAGAUGUAUCAAUUCCUGUUUCCUCUCCGCAAAGAUAAUGACAGAGAGCGCCCCGUCGGAGAGAAGGUGCCGGAGGAAGAUGCACAAGUGGCCCACAUUGAGCACAUGUUCAGCCAACUGGCCGUGGACGUGGGAUUUCUCUUUAACAGGAGUUUGAACGUCUUCAAACAGAGGGAGCGAGAAUUCGACCAGGCCUUUCAGUCGUAUUUCACGUCAGAUACAGACGCAAUGGAGCCUUCCCUCUUCCCAGCGUCAGUCAGAGAGCCAGCCAAGGAGGCCGGCGGCGUGCAGAGCUGGGACAUCCUCGGCCUCUUCCACCUGCUCUGCGAGUUCGGUCUCUCCGUUUACCGGAGAAUCAGCACCACCCUCACCGAGACCCUGACGGCCAUGGGGGACUUGCCAAAACACGAAGACACUGACCCUGGAGGCCCGAGCUCACAGACAGAGCCUGUGCGGGACAGAGGAGUGUGUGGAGAACUUGGCCAGAAUUUGUCAGACUGUUCCCAAUGUCAUACAGGAUGCCAACAGUGCCAGGAUUAUCUAUGGGAAGACUGUCCCGAUGUCCCUGAACUACACACAAAAGUAGAUGACGCCCUUAAAUUGGUCAACAUAUCCGAUCAGCAGUACGUCCAGAUUCUCCAGGUGACGCAACAUCAUCUGGAGGACACGGCGUAUCUGAUGGAGAAGAUGAGAGAGGAAUUUGGCUGGGUGACUGAACUGGCAAACCAGACUCCAGGAACUGAGAACACCUUCAAUUCCAGAAAGGGAGUUCCAGGUGUUCGCCAAGGAAACCUUCCCAAACAAGAGGAAACGAUGACAGACGUGAGCAUUCUGCCUUCCCCCAAUUUCACACUCAAGAUCCCUCUUGACGAAACUUCUGAGGGUUCUAACUUUGUUAGCGACAUGCUGGAGAAAGCUGUUCAGCAUCUUAAGGAACAUUUUAGAACUUGGUAG